AUGCCUUCAAGCAAAGACCCCAACAGCCAGAAAUUUACAAAACUAAAGAAAUUAGACACUGAUUCAGAUCCUGACCUUUACGACAUAACAUACGUUGAUGUAUCUCCCUCCGACGCCUGCUCUUCUCCUUUGUCCAAAUCACCAUGGUCCGUACAAGUCGACCCCAACCUCAUAGAACCGCUCCCACAUUCUUCGGCAUCAAAAUCCACGGCCUCGCCGCAUGCCAAAGAACCUAAGAACUACUCUCCCAACAUUCUCAUGGGAUCUCUGGUCCGUGAAGAAGGCCACAUCUAUUCAUUAGCCACCUCUGGUGAUCUACUCUACACGGGAUCGGACUCCAAGAACAUUAGGGUUUGGAAGAACCACAUCGAGUUCUCAACGUUUAAAUCUAACAGCGGAUUGGUUAAAGCCAUUGUUCUCGCAGCGGACAAGAUAUUCACGGGACAUCAAGACGGGAAGAUCCGUGUCUGGAAAGUCUCGUCUAAAGACUCGAGCGUGUUCCGUCGCGUUGGUACGAUGCCGCUUCUCCGAGACUACAUCAGAAACUCCAUCGCCUCUUCCUCCUACUUCGGUUUCGCGAGACGGAACCGAACCAGCACGAGCGCGCAAGGUUUCCGACACGUUGACGCGAUCUCGUGUCUUGCCUUGAGCGAAGACAGGACGCUUUUGUAUUCCGGGUCGUGGGAUAAAACGUUUAAAGUGUGGAGAGUCUCUGACUUGAGAUGUUUGGAGUCUGUGAACGCUCACGACGACGCGGUGAACGCGGUUGUUGCGGGUUUCGACGGUUUGGUUUUCUCCGGUUCAGCGGAUGGUUCGGUUAAGGUGUGGAGGAGAGAGGAACAAGCCAAGGAGACGAAACAUUUCUUCUCCGAGACGUUGUUGAAACAAGACUGCGCCGUUACGGCGAUAGCGGUUGAUCAAAGCGGGACGUUAGUUUACUGCGGCUCAUCUGACGGUACCGUUAACUUUUGGGAACGUGAUAAUAAUAUGAAAAAGGGCGGCGUUUUGAGAGGGCAUAAGCUCGCUGUGCUUUGUCUCUACGCGGCGGGGAACUUGUUGUUUAGUGGUUCUGCUGAUCUUGGGAUUCGCGUUUGGAGGAGACCAGAACGUCGUGGAGGAGAAGGAGAGCACGUGUGUGUUUCGGUUUUGACUGGCCAUGCAGGCCCGGUGAAGUGUUUGGCGGUGGAGAGAGAUCAAGAGUCGGUUUCAGGUGAGAGACGGUGGAUUGUGUACAGUGGGAGUUUAGAUAGGUCAGUGAAGAUGUGGCGUGUGUCGGAGAAUUCACCGCCGAUAGAGUCUAUGUCGGAUUCUUCUAGUGGUCCCAAGUUAACGGUGGCUCCUAGCUUCUCGGCUCAAGGGAAAAUUAGCCACAAGAAAUAG